AUGAAAGAGUUGCUCUCAAAGCCAUCAGAAGAGAAUCGACAUGCUCUCAGAAAGCUCAACUUAUAUUUGUUGAACAAGCUUGAGACCGCAAAAUUUAUUAAAGAAAAUAAAUCACUUGAACCCUCAUUAAUCCAGAAGAUAUCAAUAACGAGACAAGGCCAAAAUGAUGGCGAAUUAUACAAUGCUGAUGUUAAACGAAAACGAUAA